AGAGGUGACAUUGUUAAAACACUAAUGUAUGUAACUGUAAUCCCUCUGUGCAUCACCUUUACAAUAAAAAUAUAAAACAUUUUAGAUACUUGUCAUUUAGCAAAAUAAAAUUUUAGAAAGCUGGGAGUAUAUUUCAAGUGGCAAUCAUGUGGUCUUGAGUUCAAACUCUCCUGUUCAAAAUAAACCGAAGUUUUUGGCUUUAAAUUGGUAUAAAAUAGUACCCAAAUAUAAAUGCAGAAUGUAGAAACGGUACCUUCCUUCUGAGUUCUGGCUUUCUUAAGCAAGUGUAUGUUUGUCUUCACUACAGAAAUGGACAAGUCAGAAGAAAAUCCUGACCAGCCUGGUCAAUUUCGCACCCCGGAUUGGUACCCGAUUGUUGAGGCAAUAUCUGAUGAUGAAAAUGGCCAAAUUAGCAGCUCAGCUAAUAUAUGCACUAUAAGCACUGAAGGUAAAAAAUCAGCUGAUGAUGUUUCUGUGAGGGAAGUGGAGGAACCAAGGAAAAGGAAGGAAAAAACCAAACAUAUAUGCAUAACAUCUGUUAAACCAGCUGCCAAAGGACAAAAGCGCAAGGCUUUAAAGAACCCCAGUGAAAAAUGGGAGACUGAGGGUCUUUUGUCAAUGGAUUCAAGCAGCAGUGAUGAAUUGGGAUCCUUUGUGAUCCCAAAGGAAGAACCAAUUGAGUACCCAAUUGUUGAGCCAGUAUCUGAUGAUGAAAGUGACCAAAUAAGCAGCAAAGCUAAGAUAUACAAGAUAAGCACUGAAGCAGUCAAAGGAUUAAAACGCAAGGCUUCAAAGAGCCCUAGUGAAAAAUGGAAGACUGAGCAUCUUCAUACAGUGGAUUCAAGCAGCAGUGAUGACUUUGAAGCCUCUGUGAUCACAAAGACACCACUGAUUGGGCAUGUGUUUACGGACUCAGAAUCUGAUGAUGACUUCCUUCUGAAGAAAAAGAAAGCUAAAAUAUGUAAGAAAAGGAGCAAUAAAGGUGAAAAGGUUCCAUCUGAAGGAGUUCCUGUGUGUGAAGUGGAGCAACCAAAGAAAAGGAAGGAAAAAACGAAACAUUUAUCUGUGCCACCUGUAAAGUCAGGUGGCAGAAGACAAAAACACAAGCCUUCUAAGAAGAAACCUGGUGGAAAAUGGGAGACUGGGCAACUUCUUACAGUGGAUUCAAGCAGCAGUGAAGAAUUUGAAAUCUCUGUGGUCCCAAAGAAAACACCAGUUGGGCAAAUGGGUGUUGAAACUGCUGAUGAACUCUCACAAAAGACAAAGAAAACUAAGAUAAACAAACAAAGCAGAGAAGCUGGCGAAGGACAGAAACCUAAGCUUUUAAUGAAGGAAUCCAGCUAUGAUGAAGUUGAAAAAAUCGACACUGAGAAUAUGAAGAUCGAUUCAGAAGAUGAUGAUGAAAAUUUCCAAAUGAACAACCAAUAUGUGAUAUACACUAUAAGCACUGGAGAUGACAGAGGACAAAUACCUAAGAUUUUAAUGAAGAGAGCCAGCAAUGGCAAUGCUGCAAAAUUUGGCACUGAGAAACCUACAUGCAAAAUACCUGGAUGCUUCUUUCAUGAAAUUGAAAAGUUGAAACAAUAUUCGGGAAGGAAUUUCAAGCGCAAUAAAGAUGAGCUGACUCAGAGAAUCUAUGAACUGGCUAAUACUACCAUCUUUGAUGACAAGCUUCCAAAGAAACUAGAUAUCAUUUGGAAUAAAAAGAUGUUGCACACUGCUGGCUUGUGUAUUGCAAAUGAGAUUCGGAACCUGAAGAAGGACCGUUAUGCCAGGAUUCAUAUGUCUUUGAAAGUCUGUGACUCUGCAGAUCGAAUCCGGGAUACUUUAAUACAUGAAAUAUGCCAUGUAGCCUCCUGGCUGAUUGAUGGUGUCCAAGAUUCUCAUGGUGAUUCAUGGAAAUUUUAUGCUAAAAAAUGUAAUGAGAUACACCCAGAGCUGCCGAUGAUCACCCGGUGCCACAACUAUAGGAUUAACUACAAAAUUUAUUAUGAGUGUAUUCAGUGUGGAGCCAGGAUUGGCCGCUACACCAAAUCAUUGAACACCGAACGUUUUCUCUGUACCAACUGCAAAGGCACACUUGUCAUGCUACCAUCACUGCGGAAAGAUGGAACCCCCAUUCAGCCCUAUGUGAGACCAUUUGCCAUAUAUGUGAAGCAGAAUUACAGAAAGGUGCUGCAUGAGAUGCCCCAUUACUUCCAUGGGGAUGUGAUGAAAAAGCUGAGCAAGGAUUAUAUUGCUGAAAAAACAGAAAAAUCCUUAAAAUAGUUUUAGAGUGCAUUUUUACAAGCUGAAUUGUUUACUGACAAGCAAUUUUUAGAAAAAAAAUCUAUUUCUGUUAAGACUAUUAGAGUUUAAGUACAUGUUUUUGGGUUCAUGUUAGUAUUGGUGGUUGUUCUUAACUUGAGGGCUAACCAGUCUGAAGCUCUUUAGGUGUACCUUAGGUGUUAAAUUUGCAUAGCUUUAACAUGUAGAACAAAAUAUAGAGGAAAAAUAAGUCUCAAGAAUGGUGGAUUAAGAGAAUGAGAACAAUACUGGAAAGAGAGUAAGUUGCAGCAUUUUACAAUCAGGGCUGCUAGUACAAAAAUCUGUUUCACUUACCUUCUAUAGAAAAAGUAAACAUGCUUUGUGAGUUAAGCUUCUGAUGACUUUGAGUGGAGCUGUUCGGGCCAUGUAAUGUAAUUCAGGAAAAAUAAUAAAUGUUUUCUGCAUUUCA